UUUUAUUUAGUUGACCUUGACAUUGAACAGUAUGGCUCACUCCAGCGCAAGAGGUCGAUUAAUUGCAGUAAUUGGCGAUGAAGACACAUGUACAGGUUUUCUGAUGGGAGGCAUAGGAGAGGUCAACAGACACAGGCAGCCAAACUUUUUGGUGGUAGACAAAGCAACUAGUAUCGCAGAAAUAGAAGAUGGUUUCAAGGCCCUAGUUACUAGAGAUGAUAUUGCUAUUAUUUUGAUAAAUCAGCAUAUAGCUGAAAUGAUCCGUCAUAUCAUUGAUGUCUAUACACAACCCAUUCCUGCAGUGUUGGAGAUUCCUAGUAAAGAACAUCCCUAUGAUCCAGCUAAAGACUCCAUACUCAGGAGGGCCAGGGGCAUGUUUUCAGCUGAAGACUUGAGAUAGUGUUGACAACCUUCUUUCCAUGCUUUCAAACAGCUGGUCUCUUAUACCUUGUAAUAUAACAGACAUAGUUUACACUGUAUACUGAUGUAAUUAUGUGUAUGAAUUCGUAAUGUUGGUAUGGGUGGUACUUGAGAAUGGACUGAUCAAAAUUAGAAUAUCUGUUGUGUAAGCAAAGUGCAAUAUUGUUUUUUUUCCCUUUUUUUUCUUUUCACCCAUGGUAUGCCAUAAGGAAUCAGUUGGGGUGUAAAGGUUGGAUAGUUCUUGUUGUGGUACUGGUGAGAACAUAUUUUACAGGUGUAUUUGCUGUAUGUCUUAGGGUGAAAGUUGUGGAAUGGGUCAAAGUUAAUCAAUAUGUAGUGCACUCUAGGAUAGAGGGCCCAACACUUGGCUGAUACUUGGACAUUUUUUUAUCUUCGUAAAAAAAGUUUUUUUUUUUUUUUUUUUUUUUUGUGGAGGGGGGGAGGGCUGGUUUGCAUUGCAAGAAACGGAUUGCCAAGUAACGUCCUUGUAUAUUUAAACAAAUUUCCCACGCACUGCGUAAACUAGAUGGAGAAUAAAGACAAACUUAUAAUA